AUGGAAUUGCCGCCUUCGAUUUCACGGAUUCAGAGUGCCUCGAAAUCACAGUUGGCCAAUCUUAAGCCGAGAAUGGCCCGAACUCUGAUGAAACAAGUCCAGAUUGCUUAUGCUGUCGAAUGUAAGGGCGAUCGAUCUAGAGAAGUGGAUGCAAUCGGCGUUUCAUUGGAAGGAAUGGAUGUGUCUGAGUUCGAGGAUACAGUGGAGUCACCAGCGGGUAAAGUCGACAAAGCGAACAUGCCCGACAUGACUGUUGAUGGAGCGCAAUUCAAUCCGAACGCUGUGUUUCCUCCUGGAAAAACAAUGAAAUUAGAUUUUUCGAAUGUCUUUGAGAAUCUUAUGCAAUAUCGAAUAGACAAUUGUCAGUCAAACGGAGCUCCUUUCGUUACAAAAGGGUGUCUUGAAGAAAACUGGGAUCAACUUGGCUUUGAUAUAGACAGUCGAUCGAUGACAAUAACAAUCGCGCCUGUUUUAGCGGUAAAUUCAAAGAAUCUGAUGGAGAUUUCUUGCGAAGUUAUUUUUUGCAACAGCUGCCAAGGAAAAUCAAUUGACUAUGGCAAACUAGAUUCUGAUGAUUAUUACCAGACGUUUAUUGGACUAUCGACCAGAAGUCUCAGCGAGCAAGAUAGAACUUUGUCUCAAAAAUUCUUAAUCCAACCUUUUGAUGAUCCUGUUUUGAUAAAAAUUGAUAACCUCGAAAUGGUAUGGACGAUGAUAUAG